UCCAGCUAUUGACUGUCCAAUGGAAUGGACUUGGACUGGAACAUAUACUCCAGUGGGCUGGACUAAUUUGAGUGACAGUAAUAACUUGUCUUCGAGAAAAGUUCAACAAAAUCUAGGGCCUUGUGCGAUUUGUAGAUGUGAAGAUACCUCUGAAAUAUUUAGAAAACUUACUGAAAAAUCUCUUAAAAUAGCAAAUAAUAAUCCUAACACUGACCUAAUAGUAGAUGCACUUAAAUAA